AUGGCUUUUCAUGCCAUGUUUGGUAGAUUUGAUGACUUAGUGUUUUUGUUUGGGAAAAUGGCUUUCAAUUAUGUCUUAGGUGAUGGGUUUUGUGGGCCGGAUGAAAUCGGUGAUUUUAGUAGCAAUGGAUUUCAUGGUAAAGUUAAGGUGGUGUUGGAAUGGUUUGAUACCUCAUAA